CCCGCCGCCCCCUCCUUCCCUCCCUCCCCCGCCGCGCGCUGGGGGUGCCGCUCGCUCCUCCCGGUUCCCGCCGCGGUCGCCGCUGCUCCUCCUCUCUCGGGCGUCGCGGCCGCUGCCUCUGCGGACUGUAUGAGGAGGAGGAGGAGGAGGAUGUGAAGAUGGCGGAGCUGCAGAUGCUGCUGGAAGAGGAAAUCCCGGGGGGCCGCCGGGCCCUCUUCGACAGCUACACGAAUCUGGAGCGGGUGGCCGACUACUGCGAGAACAACUACAUCCAGUCAUCAGAUAAGCAACGAGCCCUAGAAGAAACCAAAGCCUACACCACCCAAUCCUUAGCAAGUGUUGCAUAUCUGAUAAACACCUUGGCCAACAAUGUCCUACAGAUGCUGGAUAUCCAGGCAUCCCAGUUACGGAGGAUGGAAUCUUCAAUCAACCAUAUUUCACAAACAGUUGAUAUUCAUAAAGAGAAAGUUGCAAGAAGAGAAAUUGGUAUUUUGACUACCAAUAAAAACACUUCAAGAACCCAUAAGAUUAUUGCACCAGCCAACCUUGAGCGACCAGUUCGUUAUAUUCGAAAACCUAUUGACUACACAAUUCUAGAUGACAUUGGACAUGGAGUAAAGUGGUUGCUUAGAUUUAAGGUGAGUACCCAGAAUAUGAAGAUGGGUGGCCUGCCACGUACAACACCUCCAACCCAGAAGCCCCCAAGUCCCCCUAUGUCAGGAAAGGGGACACUUGGGCGGCACUCCCCCUAUCGCACACUGGAGCCAGUGCGUCCUCCAGUGGUACCAAAUGAUUACGUACCUAGCCCAACCCGUAAUAUGGCUCCCUCGCAGCAGAGCCCUGUGAGGACAGCUUCUGUGAAUCAAAGAAAUCGAACUUACAGCAGCAGUGGGAGUAGUGGAGGAAGUCACCCAAGUAGUCGGAGCAGCAGUCGGGAGAACAGUGGGAGUGGGAGUGUGGGGGUUCCUAUCGCUGUUCCUACUCCAUCUCCUCCCAGCGUCUUCCCAGCCCCUGCUGGCACUCCUCCCCUUCCUGCUACUUCUGCAUCUGUCCCUACUCCUCUUGUUCCUGCUACUGUCCCCUCCUCCACUGCCCCAGAUGCUGCUGCUGGGGGCGCACAGACCCUUGCUGAUGGCUUCACUUCUCCAACUCCCCCUGUUAUUUCUUCCAAUCCCCCUACAGGUCAUCCUGUUCAGUUCUACAGCAUGAAUAGGCCUGCCUCUCGCCAUACACCACCAACAAUAGGGGGCUCAUUGCCCUAUAGACGGCCUCCUUCCAUAACUUCACAGACAAGCCUUCAGAGUCAGAUGAAUGGAGGCCCUUUUUAUAACCAGAAUCCAGUAUCUCUUGCUCCUCCUCCUCCUUCCAUCCUACAGGUAACUCCUCAGUUACCUUUAAUGGGAUUUGUGGCCAGAGUCCAAGAAAAUAUUUCAGAUACACCACCUCCACCACCACCUGUGGAAGAGCCAGUCUUUGAUGAAUCCCCGCCUCCACCACCACCUCCAGAGGAUUAUGAAGAGGAAGAAGCAGCUGUGGUAGAGUACAGUGAUCCUUAUGCUGAAGAGGAUCCACCAUGGGCUCCAAGGUCUUACUUGGAAAAGGUUGUGGCAAUUUAUGAUUAUACAAAAGACAAGGAAGAUGAGCUGUCCUUUCAGGAAGGAGCCAUUAUUUAUGUCAUCAAGAAGAAUGACGAUGGUUGGUAUGAGGGAGUUAUGAAUGGAGUGACUGGGCUCUUCCCUGGGAAUUAUGUUGAGUCCAUCAUGCAUUAUUCGGAGUAAAGCUCAGCACAGCUGCCCUUCCCUUUCAGGAGGUCAGGACUUCCCAGAGUAGCUAGAGGCCCUGGGAAGGUCCUCCCAGUGAAGCAAAUGAAGCAUACAAAUGAUGAAGUUACUUAUUUUAUUACUAUGUUUUGGUUCAUCCCCUAGUAUUAAAAACAAAUCAAAGCUGAGUCUGAACAAAUUACUCUUCUUGCUGGCAUUUGUACGAUGCUGUCUGGAUUGAAAAUGUGAUGAUUUCUCAAUCUAUAGAAGGCAUAACAACGUGAACAUGUAGCUAAAACAAAUCAGACCAAGACUGGCUUGAGAAAAAAAGUCUGGGAUCUUUCUCAGGAAUACUAUACACCUUUGGAUUUCUUUUCCUGCAGAAUCUGUGACAUUGGAUGUUCACUGCCUCUUCCUUGGGGUUAGCUUCAUUGCCCAGUGGACACCCUUGCCCCUUGACUUUCUUUCACUAUAUGGAAAGGAAGGAACCAGUGUUUAAAUACCAUAUUUAACUACUUCUCAAUUGUUUCAAAGGCUGUUUUUCUUUUAACACUGUAAAAUCCUGUGUUCUUUUAGCACUGGAAUGUGCUUGGUGAGUUAAUACUGAACUCCCUUGCAUCCUGUCCUAUUUGUAGAUGAUAAAGAUGACAAAAUGUGAAAGUCUCCAAACAUUCCCAGAGUUAACAGUCACCACAGUUGAUUUAAACACACUGUUGCAUGAGAUUGCAUUGUCGAUAACAGCAGUGAGCCCGAUGUGAAAUCUGGUAGGUACUUGUACUGAGGUGGGUGUGUGGAGCUGGACAUGAAGGUUCCUAAGGCUUUGAAGGAAAGAGCUGCAGCCUUUCACCUUUGGCGCUGCUUCAGAGAAUGGGACUAGGAAGUCAGGGCAGCUGUUGCUGUCCUUUUUAUAUUUAAAAACAUGUUUUCCUCCUUUUUAGAAGGGACUAGUUGUCAUGUCUCGAGAGUCACUGAAUUGGAAAUGAGAGGCUGCUACUGUGUUCUUGGACCGUUGUCAAUGGCAGUGUUAGCUCAUGCUGAGUCAUUUUUAAUUCUCUCAGCUGUAGAAAAGUAAAUGUUUUAACUUGAUGUGAUUGGACUCUAAAGUGGACACUCCAAGUAAGAAUCUGAACCUUGUGAUUGAGACUAAAGAGUUUAGUAGAAAAGGCUAAUAGGACAGAACACGUAGUCACACGGAAAAGUCAGUAUGAUUUUGAGAUGAUUGGCAUCUCCCUCAUGUACAAUUAGUUUAAAUUCAGUGGCUUUAAUAAUCACUUCUGUAAUUAGUAUAAGAAAUACUUGGGGAAA